UAUUCAUGAGCAAGAGAAUGAGUACCAGUGGCAGCGGCAGGCAGCAGCCACUUAGACUAGGGAAAGAGCAAGAGAGAAGUGGUCGCUUCACCCAGCUUGGGAAGAUCUGACCUGGACCACUCUACAUCACUAUCUCCCUGCUUAGCACCUGGAGCUCAGAGAAGGGAGUGAUUGGGGCGCUGGUGGGCUUAGGGGACAAUUUUGGGAUUUCGACCUAACUCUUGAGGUACCUCAGCAGAUACUUUGGAAAAGAUACAGAAGGGAGAGAGGCGGUGACACUUUUGGCAGAGUGGGAAGGUGGGGGCGGGGAGAAGUGAAGCCAGCGAAAGAGAGGGAAAAGGAGAGGAAGAGAGAGAAGGAGAGCAAGAGAGAGACGGAGAGGAAGAAAGAAACAGGGGAACGGACUUCCCAGAAACAGCUCUCCGUGGCCGGUGCAGUGAUGUGAAGAGAGCUAGGCAUCCCGGGAGGGAGCCUCCGAGCUGCCGGGACCGAAGGUUUCCAGGGAGUCACUAGCUGCGAGAGGAAUUGCAAAGACAGGAGUACCCCACAAAAGUUGUUGCUGAAAUACGGCAGCAACUGUCAAUAUGAACUGAACUCUUGAAAUAAAGUUCAGAGAAAAGCAAAAGGAAAUCAUCUUUCAAGUGGUCAGACUCCAAGCAGGAUCUUGUUUGAAAUAUCUAAGGGCUCAAUCAACAGAAGUUUUUCGUCUCAAGAAAUUGCUGAACUCUAGUGAUUUUUCUUUUCCUUUACCUUUUGACACCCUGGCAAACCCAUGUGGACCUCUGGUAGAAUGAGCAAAGCAAAGAGUUGGCUUGGACUUGGCAUGUCCUUGUAUUUUUGUGGCUUGAUGGACCUUACAACCACUGUACUGUCUGUCACUCCCAUGCCCCUCAAAGAACUGGAAGUACAUCUGUCGGACAAGACACAUUCACACCAUCGAAUGAAAAGAAGUUGGGUUUGGAACCAAUUCUUUGUUCUGGAAGAAUACACUGGAACUGACCCUUUGUAUGUUGGCAAGCUUCAUUCAGAUAUGGACAGGGGUGAUGGGUCUAUCAAAUACAUUCUGUCAGGUGAAGGAGCUGGGAUUGUGUUCACAAUUGAUGAUACGACCGGAGACAUCCAUGCUAUUCAGAGACUGGAUCGGGAAGAAAGGGCCCAGUACACAUUAAGGGCACAAGCCCUGGACAGGCGGACAGGCAGACCUAUGGAGCCUGAGUCAGAGUUCAUUAUUAAAAUCCAAGACAUCAAUGAUAAUGAGCCUAAAUUCCUGGAUGGACCUUAUGUAGCCACUGUGCCAGAAAUGUCCCCUGUAGGCACCUCAGUUAUCCAGGUGACAGCAACUGAUGCUGAUGACCCAACAUAUGGGAACAGUGCCAGGGUGGUGUACAGUAUUCUUCAGGGACAGCCAUAUUUUUCCGUGGACUCUAAAACAGGUGUAAUUAGGACGGCACUCAUGAACAUGGACAGAGAAGCAAAAGAAUACUAUGAAGUCAUUAUACAAGCCAAGGAUAUGGGAGGACAGCUCGGCGGAUUGGCGGGAACAACCACAGUCAACAUUACCCUCUCUGAUGUCAAUGAUAAUCCACCCCGAUUUCCACAGAAGCACUACCAGAUGAGUGUGUUGGAAUCAGCUCCAGUUAGUUCGACAGUGGGACGUGUAUUUGCCAAAGAUCUGGAUGAAGGAAUCAAUGCAGAAAUGAAGUACACCAUUGUGGAUGGAGAUGGUCUGGAUACCUUUGACAUCAACACAGAUCCAAGUUUCCAAGUUGGCAUCAUAACAGUUAGGAAGCCACUGAGUUUUGAAAGCAAGAAAAGCUACACCUUGAAAGUAGAGGGAGCCAAUCCCCACCUGGAAGUUCGCUUUCUGAACCUAGGCCCUUUCCAAGACACCACCACAGUGCACAUCAGCGUGGAGGAUGUAGAUGAGCCCCCUGUAUUUGAUCCUGGCUUUUAUUUUGUGGAGGUGCCUGAAGAUGUGGAGAUUGGAACCACCAUACAGAUCAUUUCUGCCAAGGACCCAGAUGUGACCAACAACUCAAUCAGAUAUUCAAUUGACAGGAGCAGUGACCCUGGGAGAUUCUUUUAUGUUGACAUCACAACAGGGGCUCUUAUGACUGCAAGACCCCUGGACCGAGAGGAGAUCUCAUGGCAUAAUAUCACCGUCCUGGCUAUGGAAAUGAACAACCCCACACAAAUUGGAAGUGUUUCUGUCACAAUAAAGGUCUUGGAUGUGAAUGACAAUGCUCCUGAGUUCCCCAGGUUCUAUGAAGCUUUUGUUUGUGAAAAUGCCAAAGCUGGGCAGCUGAUUCAGACGGUAAGUGCAAUAGACCAGGAUGACCCACAAGAUGGUCAGCACUUCUACUACAGCUUGGCUCCAGAGGCAGCUAACAACCCCAACUUCACUCUAAGGGACAAUCAAGAUAAUACUGCUCGGAUUCUUACCAGGAGAUCUGGCUUUAGACAGCAGGAACAGAAUGUCUUUUACCUCCCCAUCCUGAUUGCAGACAAUGGAAGGCCCAUGCUGAGUAGUACGGGCACACUGACAGUCCAGGUGUGCAGCUGUGAUGAUGACGGGGAUGUGAUGUCCUGCAGCGCUGAAGCCUACAUGCUCCCAGUCAGCCUGAGCAGGGGGGCCCUCAUCGCCAUCCUCGCCUGCAUCUUUGUUCUCCUAGUGCUGGUGCUGCUUAUCUUAUCCAUGAGGCGACAUAGGAAGCAGCCCUACAUCAUUGAUGACGAGGAGAAUAUACAUGAGAACAUUGUUCGCUAUGAUGAUGAAGGAGGAGGGGAGGAAGACACAGAAGCCUUUGACAUAGCAGCAAUGUGGAAUCCACGGGAGGCACAGACAGGGGCAGCGGCAAAGAUGAGGCAGGACAUGAUGCCUGAGAUUGAGAGCCUGUCUCGAUAUGUGCCUCAGACGUGCACCAUGGAUAGCAAUGUCCACAGCUAUGUGCUAGCUAAGCUCUAUGAAGCUGACAUGGAUCUGUGGGCCCCUCCCUUUGACUCCCUCCAGACAUACAUGUUUGAGGGGGACGGCUCUGUGGCAGGGUCCCUGAGCUCAUUACAGUCAGUCACUUCAGACUCAGACCAGAGCUAUGAUUUCCUGACAGACUGGGGACCACGUUUCCGAAAGCUGGCAGAAAUGUAUGGUGUUACAGAAGGCAAUGGCCCGCUGUGGUAACAAAUUUGUGGGGGAGAGGGGCCACAGUGUUCCCACAAUGCAGUGCACGUCCAAAUACAGAUCCAUUCUCAUCAGAUGAUUCUGUGAACAUGGGUGUGGUCUUCUAAAAUAGCAAUACUGUGCUGGAGAGUGAGAAAGGGGGAGGGAAUGGGGAAAAUAGCUCUCUUAAUCAGCUUUAUUUGAUUAAAUUAAGUAAUUGAAAGGCAAAACAAAAGAGAUGGGGGAGGGGACUGUUCUUUUUUAUGGCUGUAUUUAAAGCCUUGACAUCCAAUUGCUGUGGCAUUAUGGGGUUUCUUUUCACUGCAGAACUUUGCUGCCUGGAUCAUAAAGAAGCUUAUGGACACAGAUAUUAAUCCUGAGCUCAAAUAGGGAAGGGGGGGUGGGGAUGGGGGUGAAGAGGUAAUAGUCAGCAGAGAUAUGGCCAUACUUCCACAUUCAUUUUAUUUUAUUUUCCAGUUAGGGAUUUUGCUGGCUCAACAAACCACAGAAAUCAACCCACACAAAAGAAAACAAGAAACUGAGAUUUCAGUAUUUUUGUAUGAAAUGAAUCUUACUUGUUCUGGGAUUUGUGAAAUUCUUAAACACACACACACACACACACACACACACACACACACACACACACACACCCUUUUAAGACAAGGUUAGGCUUCUAUCUGCCUUGCAUGGGGGAAGGGGGUGGGAGAGGGAGGGAGAGGGAAGAGGUGUUGGCAUUGUGCUCAAGUUGAAUGGCUGAAGCAAGAUUCAUUGGCAUUACUAGUGAUCCAUCUCUAAGAUGUUAGCAUAUGUUUAUUCUCCUCUCAGCUCUUUAACUGUGGUACUGCUAAACUGAUCAGAAUGAAACAAGGAAAGAAAUCUGCCUCUUUUGCACUGUAGAUGUCUCUUCCACGCGCCCAAUGUGAAGAUUAGAUGCUAUGAAAGAAAGCCAAAUAAGAAAGGUAUCUGCUAACUACAUGGGUUAGAGGGCUUUCCUAAUCUGUGUGAGGUCAAGCCGAGGGAUGUUUACAUACUGUAGAUAACCUACUUGAACAAAUGCAGUAUUAUAGAAGAAUAAAUGGAUGUAAGAAAAUUACAUGUAUAAGUUUUGUAUAUUUGUUAAUAAUUUUGGUAAUAAAUAUGAUGUACUGCAUUACAGUACCUUAGCGCUUCUUUUAAUAAAAGUUAAAUAGAAGGGAAAGUCUGGUGAAAAUUCAUUGUUUAGACUGUGAAUAAGGAGAUACCAUUUUAAAUGACAUUGAUUUAUCAUCUGUCUCUUGGGACAAUAUAAGAUACCAGCUCUGGUUAAGAUAAUGGCCAAGAAACCUAAAGAAUUCAUUCUACUUUUGCCUGAAAGUCCUUGGGUGGCCUUGAUUUAGGCUGCUGCCCUGAGUUCAUUCUAUUGAUUUUCUUAUCUCAAUAAAGGAAUGCACAAGGUAUGGGGCCCUAUAAAUUAAAUAAUGGCUCUGGCCCCACAUUUUCCAUUUCAUGUGUAGAUGGAAGUCACAAACAAUCCAUCAAUAAGCAUUUAUUAAGUAUCUGCUAUGUUACUGUCACUGUGCUAGGUCCUAGGAAUAAAAGACAAAAAUAAAAUAAUCCUUGCCCUCGAGUAACUUACAUUUUCUCAUAACAUUCAGGUAAAUGGUUGGGUGAACUAUAUUACUUUCCUCCCCUAUUAAUCCAAAAUUUCCCUUUCCCAAAGUCCCAUGUGAAGUGGGCUCUUUUAGCCUACCAUGUUCCUCCCUUUACCUUGACAGCAAUGAAUCAGUACAAGUUGGUAUGCUUUGGUUCUGUGAUAUAUUACUAACAGUCACGUGACAGC